GCGUGCACACACCAAGCUCUGCUGUAGAAUGGGAUGGAAGCGAGAUGAGAAUACAAAGCAGGCUCCUCGUGGCUCCGUGUCAGCACCGGGCUGAGUUGAGAUUUGCGCACCCAUCAAACUUGACUUAGGACCUCAGGAUGUGAGCGCACUUCUGCAGGAGGAGAAUCAGCCCAGGAUGUCAGCUCUGAAGAAGGUGUUGCCAGGCAUACUGCAGAGGCAUUGCUGUAUCUUACCGGACAAGAAAAUAGACCAGCAGUAUUCGUGGUCACCAUCACAGUAUUUCGAUGAGGACACUUACUCCCCUCUACCCAGGAACAUGAAGGGUCUCUCUGGUGGCCGCCCUGCCCAUCUCCAGCUUACGUCACCUACUUCACCUCAUGCAUGUGGUUUGGCCGAAUGUGACCACUCGCUGGAUCACCAUCUUCACCAUGGAGACCCGCGGUCACCCACCUACCUCCUUAGCCCCACUGACAGUUGUGCCCUUGAGAGUCAUCACCGCUGCUCCCCCCGGAGCUCCAUCCACUCUGAAUGCAUGAUGAUGCCGGUGUCCCUAUCAACCACUGAUCACUCAAUAUCCAGUAGCACUUUUCCUCGUAUGCAUUAUGGCAGUGCUUCAAGAGAUGGAGGUGGAAACAGUUCUGGUGGUAGGGAUUCUCGGGAUGACGGUGGCUCCUCCUCACAUGGUGGCAGUGGCAAAAUGAACAGGAUCCCUGCAAAUCUUUUGGAUCAGUUUGAAAAGCAAAUACCACUGCACAGAGAUGGCUUCCACACUUUGCAGUACCAACGAACCUCCACAACAACUACAACUACUGAACAUCGCAAUGAAAGCCCCGGCCGAAUUCGCCACUUAGUUCACUCAGUACAGAAACUUUUCACAAAGUCCCACUCCUUAGAGGGAUCUUCCAAGAUGAAUGGUACCAAAAGUGACUCACACAGGGAUGGCUCGCACCACCACCAUCACCACCACCAAGGCCACCACAAACACAGCAAACGCAGCAAGAGCAAAGACCGUAAAUCUGAUGGUGGAGGAAAGCAGCGUCAUGCGGGUUGGUGGAGUUCGGACGACAAUCUCGAUAGUGACAGCACCUACAGGACACCGAGCAUCAUGUCACGGCAUCCUAUUGACCACAUCAGCCACUGUUACCCAGAUUCAAUGCACAGUCACAUGGCGGGGGACCUGUCGCUAAAGACUUCCAAGAGCAACAACGACGUCAAAUGCUCAGCCUGCGAGAGCAUUAGCAUGGCCCCUGAGGGCAAAUUCAUGAAAAGGAGCUCCUGGUCAACAUUAACCGUCAGCCAAGCCAAGGAAGCCUACAGGAAGUCAUCACUCAACCUGGAGAAGCCUAUGACACCCACUGACCUUAAACCCAGCUUGAGACCCUGUCACUAUCUACAGGUACCUCAUGAUGAGUGGGCUGGUUAUCCCAGCGGUGGGAAGGAUGAUGAGAUCCCUUGUCGUCGAAUGCGGAGUAGCAGCUAUGUUAAAGCUAUGGGGGAUGAGGAGAGUGGGGAAUCAGACUCCAGCCCAAAGACAUCACCUCAGAAGUCGGUGCGUCCGGAUGCCCUUAUCAAGGCCAUCAUCAGACCCAAAGACUUGCUGGAUUCUCAGAGGUAUGGUACGAAAUUUGUUUGA